CACUGGGUGGCGCUGCCCGCUCGGCCCGGCGCUCCUGGAGCUGCGAGCCGCGACCGCCGGGAGCGCACCUGCCCCGCCUCCGCCAGGCGGGCCGCGGGGCAUGCUUCGGACCGGGGGCGGGGCUCCGAGGCCCGGGCGCAACCACGGGCUCCCAGGCAGCCUCCGCCAGCCGGACCCGGUCGCCCUCCAGAUGCUGCUGGUGGACGCCGAUCAGCCGGAGCCCGUGCGCAGCGGGGCGCGCGAGCUCGCGCUCUUCCUGACCCCCGAGCCUGGGGCCGAGGCGAAGGAGGUGGAGGAGACCAUCGAGGGCAUGCUCCUCAGGCUGGAAGAGUUUUGCAGCCUGGCUGACCUGAUCAGGAGUGAUACUUCACAGAUCCUGGAGGAAAACAUCCCAGUCCUUAAGGCCAAACUGACAGAAAUGCGUGGCAUCUAUGCCAAAGUGGACCGGCUAGAGGCCUUCGUCAAGAUGGUUGGACACCAUGUCGCCUUCCUGGAAGCAGACGUGCUUCAGGCUGAGCGGGACCAUGGGGCCUUCCCGCAGGCCCUGCGGAGGUGGCUGGGAUCCGCAGGGCUCCCCUCCUUCAGGAACGUGGAGUGCAGUGGCACAAUCCCAGCUCACUGCAACCUCCGUCUCCCGGGUUCAAGUGAUUCUCCUGCCUCCGCCUCCCAAGUAGCUGGGAUUACAGAAGUCAUCUGCACCGGUGCCCGUGACGUACAAGCUGCCCACACUGUAUAGGACGGAGGACUAUUUUCCUGUGGACGCUGGGGAAGCACAGCACCACCCCUGCACCUGCCCUCGGCCUUUGUGAGCUUUGCGGUCUUCCCAUCAGGAACACUGGAAAGUGACAUUGUGUACAUGCUGCAGCUUGGGGGUUUUUUCUUUGUAUUGCUGUUUAUUUUAUAUUUUAAAAAUAUUUUAAAAAAUGUCGAGAUGGGGUCUCACUAUGUUGUCCAGACUGAUCUCAAACUCCUGGGCUCAAGUGAUCCACCCACCUUGGCCUUCCAAAGUGGUGGGAUUAUGGGCAGGAGCCUCCGUGCCCAGGCUGCUGCCAUUUUCAAAUUUCCUCCCUGCCUCAUGUGAGACCACAGGGUUUGGAGAAGCAGUUGGAACCCACGUGUGGUGAUGCCUCCCACAUCGGCCUGCCUGGGGUUCUACAGGGGUUGAGGGACCAGGCCCGGCCGGGGCUGAUGGACAGUGGGGACUUUCCUUCUCUCCAUGAUGGCUUUGCAGGGGCUCCAUGGUCCUUCUCUCUGUGAUGGGUUUUUGCACGGGGUGCGCUCUGCCACUGUGGUGGGUGGGUGGAUGCUGCUUCUGUUGCCUCCAGACCUCGGUGCCCACAGCCUUGAGGAUACUUCCAAUAAAGGUGUCAAGAGCUCA